UCAUCAUCAUAUCGUAAUCGUCUCUAUCCCAUAUCGCGUUUUUAUCACAGCUUCGAUACACGACACAGUAAUGGACCCGAUUGCCACUAAAAAUCCUUCAAACUUUCUACCAUCUCAGCAACAGAUGGCCCUUGCUAUUGCCAUCAUCAGAUGUAAACCCGCCGGAGUGCCAUUACGAGAACACAUUCUCCACCUACGAUCCCAGAUAAAGCUUGGCCAAGACCCAAGAGAAAGAGCGAACCCGGGAUGUUACGUUGAUCAAGUUGCCUACUGGAAGGAACGAUGCAAACGAGCAGAAGAUGAAUGUAACCGACUUCGCAAUGUCAACAUCAAGCUUGAGAGAUCGAACCAACUGCUGUCGAAUCAACCAAGCAAGAAUUCAGACCUCGAAGCAGACGCCAACAUUCGGCCGCCAUCAGCAACGAGAAAUUUAAAGCGACCAAAGCAGACGCAAAAGCGGGCCCAUGACCCAGUUGCUGCUGCACAAGGAAUCAUCGAUCAGGAUUUGGAUUUCCUGGAGGUUCUUGGAAAAGACGGUAGCACUCUCAUGGAAUCACUGUUCAGCGUUCAUUCGCUAUGCAGAAAUAGCGAUCCUGAUGCCAGCACAUUCUGUUCACAUCUGAUAAGCAGUGCUUCAGCCAUGGGGAAAAUCAUAAUGUUCAUUGCCCAAAAUCACGGCUCUCUAGCUCAACAGGGACACAAGAACUCUGGUGGAGCAACUUCCCUAGACAAAGAUAGAUCAGAUUUUGCUAAUGCACUCUCGGUGUGCGCCAGAACUUUCAUGUCUAUAUUAGUCGGGUUAAACAAGCUCACAAAGUCAGAAGCUGACAAGAGACUAGCAAAUUUGGUUGUUUGUGAGCUGGCAGACAUGUUCAAAGUGGCACUCAGGGCUAUCGAGAUAUCCGCUCGGCUCACUGCACAAAGCUUUCUCUUGCAGCCACCUGCCCAGAAGAAAAGCAAAACAAAGACAUCUUCAAAUACCGUCAAAGAGUCUAGUCCAGCCAGAGCAGUCGCACAUCUCCUCAUCGGUUUUCUGGGACUUCUCGAAAAGAAUGACGACGUUCAUCAACGGGUCUUCGACGGCUUCAUCUUCGUUCUUUUCGAACGCGUCGGCAGGAGACUCUAUUACUCAACCUUCGGCCAGCACCGCUCUUCCUGUAUCGAAAUGAACAUCCUACCGAUACCUGAAGUAAAAGAUGUAGUUGAGGCCUCCAAGAGAGAUUGUGAUGCACUCGCCAUGCGUUUGGAGGCCAAAGCACUCAUUCUGAUCCUUGAGCGAGCCAUGGGUCUGGCCCCAAACCACAUGAACUCACAGAGCCUUCGAGCACAGCAGAAUCCAAAUCGAGUCACUCGUACAAUGAGUAUCAAGAAUAUCGCUACUACCUCGAGGGCCCGUCUAAGUCCUCUUGCGAAAGAUCGACUGCAGCGCACGCUUGUUGCUUGCAUGUAUGGACAUAGUACUGAUGAUGAAUUUUUGGACAUUCUUACGAAGCCGAUGCCUCAAAUGCGUCUAGGUUCGUUGCAGAAUGUUGCCAGGGUGGAGGAUGCAGACGUUGAGACAUGGUACAAGGAGGAAGUCUGGCGGCUUGUUGGCUGGGAUAUUCUUGCGCGGGAGAGUGGAUGGUGAGGUGUGCGUCACUUCGGAAGAAACUCUCUAUAUAGCUUCUUCAAAUAGUGGGGAUACGGUGGUCUCAAGU